GGUUACAUUCAUCUUGCAGCCAGCCUUUUCUCUACCUUUCAACAGUCUUUGCGUUGAAUGGCCCCAGCUUGCAUGCAGGUACGGCAUGUUCGUCCAUACCGAACGGGGCCGAAGUUCUGGAUCCUGUAUUGCACCCAUCGAUAACCUUCCUGGCAUCAAUCUUUUAAAAAGAUGAUGGCAUUCGGGUUUUCGGCGACAGAGAAGGGUCCUCGGAUGAAGAUGCGCACGUAAUGAGUAAGGGGUAAGGUGCACAAGCCCUUUGACUCUCCUGCUUCUGCGAUCUCACUGCAGCGAUUUACUACAUCGCGUCUGAAUUUAUGCAUGUUUCCAUUCAUCUUCCGAGGCGGAGGGGCUCAUGCGGGACAAACAUAGAUCAGCUUGCAAACAAUAACGAGCAUACUCCGACACUUGCCAUCUUUGCCACCUCUCUCGCUGUCGCUAGCUAUGCUGUCAUCAUGCCUCGUAACACUUCAAUGGCCUAAUGUUGCAAUAAGGGCUUUAGCAUGCAUAUUCUUCCAGGGUUUUACGACCUAAGAGUUCACUUGGGCCAUGAGAGCCACGGGAAUUAGAGUUUAAUAAUCAGCCUACUUUGGUAGUAAUCCUUUCCAUGCUCCCAUGCAAGGAAAGCGAGGUUAGGGGUGUAUGCUCCCCCAUAUUUUGAUUCGGAUUGUAGCGGGCGAGCAUCGGGUAUGAUCAAUUGAGAGGUCUGCGAGGUCGAAAGUUCAGAAGAAGUCACAGGCUUCACAUAGUGAAGGCUUCAUAUUUUAUAGAGAUAUAAAGGAAGACUAUGUUCCACCCUCAACUUCUUACUUCAUCAUCCACUCUCAGCACUUGAAUUAUACUUUUAAUCGCAUAGCUCUACCUCUCAAUUCUCUCACACAAUAGCACAUAGCCAAUUCAAACUCAAACACUCAAAAUGGUCGUACCAACUGAUAAUCACUUCGACUUCAUUGUCGUUGGAGGUGGAACUGGAGGCAACACAGUUGCCGGCCGUCUCGCCGAGAACCCCAACGUAAAGAUCCUGAUUAUCGAAGCUGGUCCCGGACACAACAAAGAUAUCCCUGAGAUCCAAACUCCAGCACGGGCUUUCGAACUCCGUGGAAGCCAAUAUGACUGGGCUUAUAAAACCACCAUGAUUGACCGCGAAGAUUACACCCGGGUUGAGAAGCCCAACACUCGUGGAAAGGUUUUGGGAGGUAGUAGUGCCCUUAACUACUAUACCUGGAUCCGAGGUAGCAAAGCUACUUUUGACGAUUGGGAAGAAUACGGUGGUCCAAGUUGGACUUGGGAUAAUUGUAAGGAGUAUUUUGACAAGCCAGCCAAUUACCACGAUGAUAGUCAUCUUUAUAAUCCAGAUUUGGCAAAACAUGGUCGUAACGGGCCACUUGAUGUCGCUGUUUCCGACAUGGUACCUGAGCUCGAGCCAUUCCGCAAAGCAUUGUCUAGCGCGUGGGUCAGCAAGGGGGGAAUCCUCAAUGACGAGAUCUACGAUGGAGAAAUGCACGGAUUGGCUCGCUGUAUGAACACUAUUUACAAAGGUGUACGCUCUACAUCUGCCCUCUUCCUCGAAGGAAAACCAAAUAUCACAAUUCUUGGCCAUACCCAUGCCAAACAAAUCCUUAUUGAAGAUGGUGCUGCUACAGGGGUCGUAGUAAUCACAACCGAAGGCGACGAACUAACCAUCCGAGCCAAAAAGGAAAUCAUUGUCUCAUCCGGCGUAUACGAGACUCCCAAACUCCUCAUGUUAUCUGGAAUUGGUCCCGUCGAAGAGCUUGCUCCUCACGGAAUCGACGUCAAGGUUGAAUCACAACACGUUGGAAAGAAUCUUCUCGACCACCCUAUCAUGCCCCACGUUUUCAGGCUCAAAGACGGCCUAGGACUCGAAGAUCAUCUCCUACGAGCCGGUCCUCAACACGAUGGUGCUAUCAGCGCCUACCGAAAGAAUAAGAGUGGUCCAUUCAGUAGUGGUCUUCUAGAGCUCGUCGGAUUGCCUCGUAUUGACGAAUAUCUCGCUACAAGCAAAGAGUACGUCGCUGCCAAGAAAGCCAACAACGAUAUUGACCCCUUUGGGCCAGGCGGCCAACCACAUUUUGAGAUUGAUUUCGUGCCCAUGUUUAGCGAUGCCUUCCAAUGGCAUAUCCCCACACCACCUACUGGAUCUUGGCUUACCGUUAUCGUUGAUCUACUUCGCCCUCUCUCGCGCAAUGGUUAUGUGAAACUCAACUCUACCAAUCCUCUUGAGCAGCCACUCAUCAACCUCAACUUCUUCUCCAAUGAUCUGGAUCUCGUCGCUCUGCGUGAAGGAUGUCGAUAUGUGGAUGAUAUCCUAAUGAACGGCGACGGAAUGAAAGAUAUCAUAGGAGAAGAUUAUCCAUGGCCUAUGCCCAGAAAUAGCGAUGAGGCUAUGAAUAAGAUGAUUUUAGAGAGAAGUCAGACCGGAUUCCAUCCCUGCGGAACCGCUCGCCUCGGGAAAUCCAUCGAGCAAGGUGUCGUUGAUCACGAACUUAGGGUGUUCGGUGUCAAGAAUCUUCGUAUCACUGAUGCAUCCGUCUUCCCCGUCAUUCCAGAUUGCCGAAUUCAGAAUGCUGUUUACAUGGUUGCUGAAAGGGGUGCUGAUUUUAUCAAGGCUGCCCAUCCGCAUCUAUACCAGUAACCGAAUUCUUUUUUCAGGCACAUGUUGGAGUGAUGUAGUUGGAUGGUGAGAUUGGGGGGCACAAGAUGUUGCGAUGGAAUAUGAUGAUAGUUGUAGUUGGCUAAUUAACCUUAAAUUCGAUUUCAACAUGAUUUCAAAUUUCAUAAUGUCCA